GACGUAGUAAUGUCGUACUUACGGCAUGGCUUUUGCUGCGCCGAUCAAACGGUUUAGCUUGGGAGAAAAAAUACGUUUUGUUGGAAAACUGGAAGAUACAUCCAAAUGCGAUAUUCAUUUUUGGAUCUAUAGCUGUUAGUAAUUGCAUUGUGGUGAAGACGCUUUUCUGCUCGAAGUGCUAUUUCGUAUAGUAAAACUGUCAGUGUAUAACGCAGGGAUAUUUUUUGUUGACCCGGCUUGUAACUUAACUAGCCAGCAUCUGAACUGCAAUGUAUCUAAAAUAGUCGUAUUACGAUAGGCAAUGAAAAGAUGAAAUAAGCAUUUUUAACUUACCUUUUCUGGGUGACAUACUAGCAUACACGCCGUGCAGUCAUCAAGAACUAACAAACUGGAAUUUACAAAAGCGGAAAUGUCCCAUGUGCAAUUUUAUUUUUUCCAGUGAGUUACAUUAUCACAAGGGGAAAAAUAGAUGUUAAAGUUCGUAUAAUCACAAAUUUGUAUUUUAACAAUAGAUGCACCUUGCCAAUAAACUAGUUGAUUGACUUUUAUUACAAUAUGGGGGAGGAAGAUACACUCAAAUACCUGGUCAAGUUAACGCAAGAGGGACAAUUGUCUCUAAUCAGAAAGGUGUUAAGUGAAAAGGAGAACAUUCGGAAUUUGAUCAAAAAGAAACAUUUCGGAAAAUCUGGAGACACGUUGCUACAUUAUGCUGCUAGACACGGUCACCUGGAAGUCUUAAAGUUUUUAAUGGAAGACACCGGUUUGGACAUAGAGCUUCAUAACAGCGAUUAUAAGACGGCUCUGCACGAAGCGGCGUCAAUGAGUCACAGGGAAUGCGUGGUGUAUCUCAUUGCGAAAGGGGCGAAUAUAGACCGUUUAAAGAAGGCAGACUGGACGCCUCUCAUGAUGGCCUGUACAAGGAGAAACCUUGAUGUUAUCAAAGAAUUGAUUGAAAAUGGAGCAAAGCCAGCGCUGAAGAACAAAGAUGGUUGGAACUCUUUCCACAUUGCAUGCCGAGAAGGAGAUCCCUGGGUCAUACAGUACCUGCUGGACACCUGCUCAGGAGUGUGGAAGACGGAGAGCAAGACUCUCAGAACUCCACUGCACACUGCAGCAAUGCAUGGAUGUGACGAGGUUGUUAAUAUACUGCUCGACAGAUGCAAUUAUGAACCUGACUACAGAGACAGCUGUGGAGUGACUCCUUUUAUGGAUGCUGUAAGAAAUGGUCACAUUUCAAUCGCAAAAAGCUUGAUGGAAAAACACCAGGCCUCUUUCACAGCUGUGGAUAACCUGGGAGCUCAGCCCUUACACCAGGCAGCAGUCACUGCUCAGGAAGAUGCACUGCGCUUCCUUGUCGAGGACCUGGGGGUGAAUGUGAAUGAAAAAGCCACUGACAUCAAGCUGACAGCUCUGCACUAUGCUGCAAAGGAGGGUCAUAGCAAUGCGAUAAAGACACUGAUUUCAUUAGGAGCUGACCUCCUAGCUAAGGAUGCAAAGGGAAGAUCAGUGCUACACAUGGCUUGUGCCGGCCAGCAUGCAGAGGCUGUGAGAAUUCUCUUGCAGGCAGGCUUGAGUGAUACAGAAGACUCCUCUGGAACAACAGCAAAACAUUUCAUUAAGAAACCAGAUGUGCUGAAAGUUUUUGAAGAGGUCCUUGGAGAUCCUAAUGAACCCAAACUUAACUAGGCACACAUUGGGUUUUAUUUUUUGGUAUAGUGAAUAAACUGCGGAAGAAGAAAACAAAGUAAUCUUAGUUUGGGCUUUUCGAGUGACCCAAGCGGAAAAGAAACGUAGCUUGGGCCUUCUGAAAAGGAAAAGGCAUCCGGCCAGGUGCAGGUUCUGCUCUGUCACUAGCUGAUCGAGACCAGGAUUUCCCACGCAGCAGAGCACAACCGACUGAGCGCCAGGGAGACAGCGUGGGGUUAGUUUGCCAGGGCACUUUUGGCUCUCGGCAGCACAUCAAUCCUUUGCGGGCUCUCCAGCAAUCAGCUCUGAACCUCCAGUUUGGGGCCAUGGUGCCUGAAACAGGUUCAAAUACCACUAGCUUGAAGUCAGAGGUGUCUGCCUGCACUUCUUCAUUUUCCCCCCUAUGUGCGAUGGUGAUGGUUUGUACUGUAGAUGCAUGCCCAGACAAAAAUAGCAUACAAAUGGCUUUUUCAAACUGAGCAUGUAUAACAAAAUAAUUGGAGAUUCUAAAUCGUUCUACAAAAAGAAUCUUUGCUGCUUUGCUUUGACCUGGGAAAGUAAAAAGCAAAGACCAAAGCCAGGCAAUCUCAUAGUUUCCAUGAUAUGUCAAUCUCUGGUCAUGUACCAAACCAUCUGUUACAGAAGGCCCAGUAUAUUUGUAAAGGCAAAAUAUGUACUAAAAGUACUCCAAUGCAGAAGUAAUGAUAAGGAGGUGGGAAGCAGGAGAGAAGGAGUUCCACCACUUAGCGAGAACUGGAGGAGAGGUGAGAAGUCGAAGCCUGCAAAUGAAUUGAGAGCCCUAGAAGGAGAUGAGUCUGUCGUUGAGAGAAGGGGGAAGGUGUGAUCCUAGUUUCAGAAAAAUGUUGGUUCCGGAUGUUUUUUUUUUUUGCAAUAAGAAUUCCGAAACACCUGUGUGAGGACACAGACAGGAAGAAAAGAUUGUGAAAUGGGGAAUUAUCGGUUUAGAGAGAUCUUUGAUCUUCACAGCUCUGACAUGUUCCCUGAAAAGGUCUCCUAGUCUCCUUCCUGUCUCACCAAUGUAAAUAGCUGGGCAUUUUCAGCACCAAAUGCAGUCAGAAAAGAGGGUACCAGUAGAGGGGCCAUCCUGUAAGACGGGGAAGUUCUCAUAAAUGGUCCUGGAAAUAGAAAGGGUGUUAGGGUGGUAUUACUGUAUAACCUGCUAAUAAUGCACACUUUACAACCAAUCUUAAACACAUUAUGGAAUAAGGUUUUCCAAAAUGGAAGUAAGGGUACUUGUAUAGAAUGGCAAUGGUCUGCAUUUAACAUCAAUACAUAGUGAUGUUUUAACAUGAUGAUCAAAUGUGUUAGUUGAGGGAGGAUCAUUUUUCCUUGGGAUAAGUCACUGAGCUCAAGUCAUGUGAUUUAGUAACAACUCCAGGUGCUCAGUGUUUAUCUGAGAAGAGUUACCAUUGCCAACACGAGUUAAUCAAGGGUCUAUGUAAACGGUCAUUUAGAAAGAUACAAUUUUAAUUAAUGCAUGAGGAGUAAAAGACAUGACCGCGUCGCACUGGAAGAUCACCUGUCUGUGACGUACAGUACAUUUCCUGGAGAAAGGGAUGUUCUGUUUCAGCAAUCGGGAGAGUCAUCCAGAGACACCAGGAAUGUGGCUCUUUAGGCAAUCUAUCAGUGCAUGUGUCUGAUCAAUCAUUUUCAGACUUAAAUGGCUAGAGAAUGAGACCUUCCUGAAAGAAAUAUCUCUUGUUUCAGCAGAAUGACUGCUUGCUGUUUGCAUUGACAAUGAUCUACAGGUUCAGUGGUAACAUUAACAAAAGAGCGACAAAUUUGCUGACUGCUGUUGGCUAGAGACCAUUAGAUGUGGUGGCAGAGAAUGUGGCGGAGUGUUUUCUUCCCUGAUGGAAUUCCAUCAGAGUUGAUGGACAAUGAUAUGGAUAAAUUGUGAUAAAUGUUUUACUAACUGUUGCCUUGUUUUUUGAGUCAAUAUGGUGGGCAGUGGAAGUGUGAGUGGAGAAACCUCCAUUAUUGCAAAAAAGCCCUUGGUACAGAAUCUGUAGUACCCAAAAGAUAUUUGAUAAAAUCAUUCAACUGACUGUUUCCUAUUCCCGUAGCAGCCAAUAUGAAAGAGUCGCAAUUCCUGCAGGACGAUGCAUGGUUAGCCAGUAUUUGUGAGCUAGUUGCAGGUGUUAGAGGAGGAGUGGUAGACAUCCCAGACCAGGGACUGAGCAGGUCUGCGCAUUAACACUCAACUGCAUGGAAUCCUAAAGGAAGUUUAACCCAAUAUGAACUGUUUAAUGUUUUAAUUAUGACAGCGCAAUGGAAACGUAUCAUAGUUGUUAGAGCUCCAGUUUUAUUCAAAAUUAAAUCCUUUAGACCU